AUGUUUCAAGAGACGCAUUUGAUUCUGAAGAUCCUGCUUUGUUUGGAGACAAUCCGCUUGAAGAUGAGUGUGGCUGGCCUCCUAGCCCUGCGCCGACAAGUUAGAGACAUUUCAGAGGGUCCUAUUCAACUGCCUUGGGAGAGUAAUGAGUGGGCUUGCAUUUUCGACCCCAACUACGAUCCCAUGGAUGCGCUGGAUCAGUUGUGGACGGAGAAGCGGGAGUCUGAGCUUCAGAGAUCACUGAAGAAAUGGUUUGCAAUUGUUGGGAAUUGGUGCUCCUUUGACGUGCCCGACCUCCAUGACAUCACGGUGAGCAAGCGCUGUCUAGGUGUGGACCCACUCGUCCACUCCCCUGGCAAGUCUCUUGUGCCGGCACCAGCAGACGAUGGAACGGCUUUGCAACGGUCGCUGGAGAGUGACGAGGCAAGGGUCAUACGCUUAGUGGACAAGUUGCUUUUGGAAAUCCAGUCUGGGUAUUUCAAUCCAGAUUGCAGCAGGGCUGGAAGGUUCAACAAGCAGUGCAUGCCUGAUCCCAGUUCAGAUGUUGGUGCACAGUCUUUUAAUGACAGUGAUGGUGAAAACUUUUUCAUGGAAGAAACGAUUGACAAGAAGUUGUCGGAUGCUGUGGAAGUGGUUGAGACGCAAACUGCAGAGAUUGAUGAGGAUCAUUAUACGAGUUCCUCUUCUGACAGUGAAGCUGAAAGCGUUGUGCUUGAGGAGCCAGUCAGGGUCUUCUUGCCCCCACGAGCACCGGAAGGGUACCAUUUCAUGCAGCACAGGCAGAGAUGCAAUGAGCUGUCAACAGCUACACUGAAUUUGAACGAUUUGCUGCGAGCGCAGAACAUUGCAAGCUUCUCUGAACUGGCGUUUGCUUGUGGGGCACCUAACAAGGCGCCAACAGAUGAUGAAUUCAGGGCCUUCACCACCUCCAUUUUGGGUGCAGGAUUCACAGCAGGCGAAACAGAACCUUCACAUGCGUUGCUGGACAAGUGCCAACUCAUGUACGACACAGGGGCAGUGGUAUGGAUAUCACCUUCCUUGUGUACCAAGCGAGAAUCUGAGGUCCAGGCUGCCCCAAAAGAUUCGCAACAAGUGCUACGGAUCGAAGCCCAGACCUUGAAAGUGAACACAGAGGGGCCAAAGGUUGCUGACGCAGACCAUGGCUCUGAGAUCAAACUGCAAUGGUGCCUUCAAAGGCGUGGAGUGGCAUUUGAGAUGUGCGAGCUGGUUUCUUGGGAAACUUCCCAAAAGUGGUUGGCUACAUUGUUUGCGGCCUAUUCUACAGAUCCUCCACCUGGGUUUGCAAGGGUCACUCUUCAACAACUUGUAGCGGCAGACAAAGCGAUGUGGACAAUGUUGGCCAGAGACAUCGCGUCAGUCAAACCUGACAUCAAUGGGAAGAGGCCAUUAGACGAAGCAAUUGAGAAAUUGAUGCACGACCCUCGCAUCACCAUGUACAUGUUAGCCUUGCCCACGCGCAGUCCUGCAGCAGUCGCAGCAGCGCCCAAAUCUUCUGGGUCCACUCAUGCAGCAGGCACAAUUCAGCCGAAGAAGAAAGCCAGGCCUAGCAAGAGGAAUCGCACCCAGCCAACUCCUCCUGAAGAGUUGAAGACUUGCUACCAGCAGACGGCCGAUGGGAAGCCCAUAUGCUGGGCCUACAAUUUACAGAACGGUUGCACCUUGGAAGCCACGGGACAGCCGCCCAAGUGCCGCAAAGGGGGUGACAUGCGGGUUUCCGGGCGAGUGAAUGCAUCUUUACAAUAUUUAGGACUUCAAGAAGUUCCAGAAAGCAUGAAGGUAGAGCUGAUCACCAUCGGCAUCCCAAGAGAACCUUGGGAUUUUGUACACCAAGCUGCCUUGGUAGGACACCCACGCUUCCUACCCUAUGCUGGGAGCCCGCAUUUGGACACUCUUUUGAAGGCAAAUUUGGGACAGAACUGGAAAGACUUGGAACGACACAGACUCUCCUUUUUCAAGCGAUGGCUGGCUCGAGCAAAAGAACUUGAGGUGGAUGAACGCAACCUCAAAGAGCAACUGAAUGAACACGUAAGGCAUGUUCUGCAAGGGAAGAGGCUUCUGCUCUUCAAAGAAAUUUUGGAGGACUUGGAGUUCCCGGACAAACAGUUGUUCGAGGACAUAGUGGCAGGUUUUCGGCUCUCUGGAUGGAUGAGGGACUCACAACUGUUUUUGAGCUUGCCUAGGCCCCCAAAGCUGACCUUUGAGGCUUUGCUGCGGUCGUCGUUGGGGCUACAGGAAGCGGUUCUUCAAAAGGUUUCGGAACCAGAGGACGAAGGUCUUCACCGUGCAGCUUGGACUGAAACUUUAGCAGAGUUGGACAAGCACUGGAUUUGGGAAGACAACACUGGCGACUUGAGCGGCAAGGUCAUAGCUCACCGCUUUGGACUUCAGCAGGGAGAGAAGGUUCGAGUGAUAGAUAAUUUUAAACUUUGUGGCCUCAAUGACUCUUGCGGAUUACCAGAGAAAUUCACGCUCCAUGGAGUGGACUUCAUUGCAGCCUCGUUGAUCCGCGCCCUUGUCCUACGCGAUCAAGGCCACCAAGUUUGUUUGAAAGGUAAAACCUUCGACCUCAAAUCUGCCUACAAGCAGCAGCGUCGCGGGAUUCCUGAGAGUGAUCUCCGCAUUGUUUUUCAUCCUUAG